AACCUUCCCUUCCAAAGCAGAGCAAGUGCAGAUCGGAUCAGACCAGAGACACAGAGCAGAGCGGAUAAACUCGAGGGCAGUAGAUCAUCACCAACCAUGUCGUGCUGCGGAGGCAACUGCGGGUGCGGAUCCGGCUGCAAGUGCGGCAACGGCUGCGGAGGGUGCAAGAUGUACCCUGAGAUGGACGAGGGGGUGACCACCACCUCCCAGACCCUCAUCAUGGGCGUCGCCCCCUCCAAGGGCACCCCGUCGUUCGAGGCCGCCGCCGAGACCGGAGCCGACAACGGCGGGUGCAAGUGCGGCUCCAACUGCACCUGCAACCCGUGCACCUGCAAGUGAUCCAUCAAAUCAGGACAAGGAGAUGGCAUGGCAUGGAUGGACCUAAUGAAGGAGCACUAGUAGUAGUUAUGCAUGGUGUGUGCGUUUGUGUUCUCUUUUUAAUUGCCGCCGAGAAUAAGACGAGAUCUAUCGUAUCGUAUCGUAUCGUAUCGUAUCGAGCUAGUUCAUGGCCCCUUGUGGCUUGUACCGUGUGGUGUGCAAGGCGCGCGUACGUCCUGUGUCUGUGACGCGCCUUUUCCUACUGUUCUAAGCUCCGUCCCGUGCCUUCCCGUUUUAUCUACAUAUAUGUAGACAACAAUAAUUUGGAGUUUCUGUCUAUGUAUGCAUGUGUAUCUGUAUCA